AUGGAUUUCCUGAUUGCAUAUCUGUUAAUCCUAUACAUAUGUUAUCAUAAAAACGAUGUAUACGUGAUUUACGAAAGCAACAACAUUUUUCUGUGUCAUGGAAAUGUCAUAACAGGGCCAAAUAUCCUUCACCUCAUUUUUACCUACACGAUCAUAAUCAUCACGGUUUUCCCUAUCUACAUAAUUGUCUAUUCCCACGUAGAGUCCUUCCUAUUGUUGAGCCUUGCGAUACUUUCAAUAACGGCCUUCUUUAUUUUAGUUUUAUUUUUCCUAACGACGACGGCAUUCUGCGACCCUGGAAUAAUUCCAAAAAAGAGUUAUGUCGAUUUAGAUUUACCCAAGGGAAGAACUGCUUUCACAACUGUAAAGCUAAAUGGCACUAUUAUAAAGAGCUACUGGUGUGUGCACUGCAACCAUUUUAAAGAGCCAAGGAGCAAGCAUUGCUACAUGUGUAAUAACUGUGUCACCAAGUUUGAUCACCACUGCGUAUGGUUGGGAAACUGUAUUGGGGCGCGAAACUACAGGAGAUUUAUUUUUUUCAUUUUGAAUUUGUCAAUCCUUUCAACAAUAAUAUGUUUUACCUUUAUUGGAAUUUUUAUUUGCCUCUGCAUGAAGGAAUACCAAAACAUAACCUUAGGGUCUAUUUUUUACAUAACCUUUGAAUAUCCGCAUAUUGCGCUGUAUAUCAUUUACACCAUCCCGUCCUCCCUGCUGCUAAUUAAUUUAUUUUUUUACCAUUUGAAGAUGAUACUCUCUAAUAGAACGACGUAUGAGGACAUUCAGGGUUUAUACGAGGAGGACAACCCCUUCGAUGAGGGGAAAUUCCUAAACUUGAAAAAGUUUCUCCUCACGCCCGUUAGCAAGAAGUAA